AUGCCUUUCAACAUCUGGUUCAAGUACGGUGAAAGCCAGCCGGCUAAAGUCAAGUUUGAUGGAGAGGAUGUCGACAACCUGAAGGAGGCGAUAAAGGAGAAGCUCAAACCAAGGUUGGACGAUGUAGCCACCGCUGAAAUUAUCCUCCGAAGAUACGACGAGGAAGCGGAUCUCGAGCCGGAUAGUCUGCAAGGUCUCCUUGACAAGGCAAUUAACUCAGUUGAUGAAUUAAUAUUCAAAUUUGUUGGCGAAUCCACAGAUGACAAUAGUGCUAGUCACAAAAUUGUCCAUAUAUGCACAAAUGUACCAGAGAAGGAGACAGUGGAAGUAGAGGAAGAGGAGUAG